AUGACUUCGAGCCCAGCGUUUAUUUUGACAUCCCCAGACGACUGGGAGAACUGCGGCAAUACCAUUACCUGCCGAUACAGAUACACCGACGGAACCUUCCACCGGUGGCCCGGCAAGCGAUGCCAGGGCAGCCGGGGCGGCGGCGGCGACGGCAUCGGCAUUGCCAAUGGUAUCGUCGGUUGCCGCUAUGCCUCGGGAACCUGA